GCGAGAAGUUCACUUUCAACGAGCCAGCGACCAGCACGGACCGAUAUUUACUCUUGACAACCUAGAAGUCUCUAGGAGCUAAAAUUUAGUGAAUCGUGCGGAAUAAUAGUAGAGGAUAUCCACACACAGACAUGGCCAAGCCAGCUGAACAUGUCAAGCGCCCCAUGAAUGCGUUUAUGGUUUGGUCCCGAGAAGAGAGGAGAAAAAUCGCCCAGGACAACCCCAAGAUGCACAACUCCGAGAUCAGCAAAAGGCUCGGAGCUGAAUGGAAGCAGUUAACAGAUGAUCAGAAAAAGCCGUUUGUCGAGGAGGCCAAGCAUCUACGGGCGCAGCACAUGAAAGAACAUCCUGACUACAAAUAUAGGCCCCGAAGAAAACCCAAAUCGCUGUUGAAAAAGGUAGACCGCUAUCCAUUUCCACUACCGUGUUUACCAACCUCUGACGAACUACUCAAGUGUAGUCCUCCCGGUAUAUCGACAUCAUCGUUCGUAACGGACCCGUUCUCGUCAGCGGUGAACGGCAAAUCACGAUCAUUUAUCCCAGUUUCAUCAGGAUACACUUUUGACUCGAGUACCGGGCACUCCAUUACCUCAUCAAGGUUCGACCGCGGACUAGAGAUUCCAAGCGCUGUACGCCCUGAUAUGCUCACGGGAGGGCAAAUGUACCCUCACUCUGCGCUCUAUCCAAGCGCUCCACCGACAAGUUCGGCUCUGCUGAACGCUUCUGGUAUGCCUGUUUUACCUGGAGGCCAAUUAAGUCCUCACUCGCAUCUCCACGCUGUUCAGGGAAGCAAUGGACAGUAUACGGUUCCUUGCAACUGUUCGUCGUGGCAGGGACAAGAUGUAAGGAGACCUGUCGCAUAUCUACUCCUUUAGUUGAAGUGACUGACUCUUAAAUUCAUUUAUCACGAUUGACUAUUUAUGUAUAAUACAGCAACUAACUGGUGUAAAUUAUUCUUAUCGAGCAAGCAAGAAUUUUAUUAUAUUAUUCCGUGCGAUUUCAUAUGAUUUUUUUUUCAUGGACAAAUUCAUUCCAGACGAAUACAUUUCACUACGUAGAGAUGUUGACGAGUUUGACGACCAAAUUUCUGACCACGGAAACCGUUGCCAGAUCGCAACACGUCAGAAUUUGUAUAUUAUAAGGCUAUGUGUGUGAAUAUUUAAAUAUUGAAAGAAUUCUCAUUCGACCUCAUUUGAUGGGUUAGUAGCUCUUUUAGGAGGUACUAUUAAAUUUCCGCUUUGGUUUGCCAAGCAGAGUGACUCCGCAAGCCCUACUUGUCCGUUAUUUACCAGAGCAACUUUCACUCGUAAUUUAAAUUUGACAAAACUAACCCCAAGUUUUCACCGAACUGUCAC